AUGGGAACCCUCGAGCAAGUCGCCCUGCGCCUCCGCCAGCUCUUCGACAACCUCCUCUCCGUCCUCCAGCGGCUGCUCAGGCUCAGCUCGCACCCGCAGACGCAUCCCCAGGCCCGGGCAUGCGAGAAACGACCCUCAUCGCUCAGCAAAAAGGCCCGCAGACGCUCCCUCGAUGACCUCGCCGCCGACGUCCAGCGCCAGUUCACCCGCCACCUCACCACCGCCCGCCUCGCUGACAUGGCCGCCGGCAUCCGCCUCCAGCUCGACCGCUGUGCAAAGUCCUCCCCCGUCUGCAUGCUGCCCUCCUUCAACCAUACCCUGCCCCGGGGCGACGAGCGUGGGACGUUCCUCGCCCUCGAUGUCGGUGGCUCGACCUUCCGCGUCGCCCUCGUCGAGCUCGCAGGCCACGGCCGCAUGAACAUCAUCCGCAUGGCCUCCUCCGCCAUCGACGAGCCCGUCAAGCGGCUCGAAGGGCGCGCGUUCUUCGACUGGAUCGCGGCCAAGAUAGACGAGAUGCUGCGUGCCGGCUCAGAAGGGUUCGGCCUGGACGCUGCCUCGCCUUUGCUCAUGGGCCUGUCCUGGUCGUUCCCCAUCGACCAGACCUCCAUCCGCAGCGGGCUGGUCAUCAGCAUGGGCAAAGGCUUCCUCUGCUCCAACGGGACCGUGGGCGAAGACCUCAGCGAGCUCAUCAUGGCUGCGUGCCGGAAACGACACCUCAACGUCCGCAUCGAAGCCAUAGUCAACGACAGCUCUGCUACCUUGCUUUCCCGCGCCUACAUCGACCCGUCAACCCGCAUGUCCCUCAUCCUCGGCACCGGCACAAACGUAGCCAUCCACUACCCUACCCGAGCCAUUGGGCGAGAGAAGUUCGGAGACAGGCCUGAAUCCUGGUUCGAGCAGGCAAGCCAUGUCAUUAUCAACACCGAGAUGAGCAUGUUUGGCGGCGACGGCGUCCUGCCCAUGACCCGCUGGGACGACGACCUCAACCGCUCCCACAUCAAGCCAGACUACCAGCCGCUCGAAUACCUCAUCACAGGCCGCUACAUAGGCGAGAUCGUACGCCUGAUUAUCGUCGAGGCCGUCGCUGUCUCGGGCCUGUUUGGCGGCGACUUGCCCGUCUCCAUGCGUCUGCCUUACUCCCUCGACACCGCUAUCGUAGCCUGUAUCGAGGCAGACACCUCCCCAGCCCUCGACAGGUCCACCGCCAUGCUGAAGGGAAGCCAUACCUUUGCCGUUCCCCCCUCAACGGCAGACAUGCGUUUCCUGCAGACCGUCUGCCAGUGUGUUUCCAGACGCGGGGCCGCCUACCUCGCCACAGCCAUAUACUCUCUCUGGCGUCUACGCAACGAGAGCGAGUCUCCUGCCUCUUCUCCCAUCCAGACACAGGACGACCUUACUCUCGACAAGGCCGUGGACGCCGUUCAUGUCGAAGUUGACGAAGCUGUCACCAUUGCCUGUGACGGCACAGUCAUCAACAAGUAUCCUGGCUUCAGAAGUACAUGCCAGGACUACCUCAACAGCCUCACCGCUAAUGCUGACACAAAUGUCGACGUCAAUGCCGAUGUCGACGCCAUCUCUAGCACAACACAGACAGAAACAGAAACAGAGCCACAGACAGAGACUGAGACAGACAAGAUACCAGUGAUAUCUCUUGACCCAGCGCCCGAAAGCGGCAUCUUUGGUGCCGCCGUCGCCGUCGCCGUCGCUCUCCCUUCUUCUUCCUCCUAA